AUGAAGUCCGCCCCACCGGUUGUCAGGAGUGAAAAGCUCUACAGGACCUACUGGCUCUACUGGCGACUUCUGGGUGUCGAAGGCGAGUAUCCAUUCCGCUGGCUACUGGAUAUUGUCAUCAGCUUUUUUAUAACCUUCUGGAACCCUGUGCAUUUAAUAAUCGGAUUAUUUAAUAAGUCAACAUCGGAGGUGUUUAGGAGCCUGCAUUUUACCACUGAAUGCUUUUUCUGCAGUUUAAAAUUUGUGUGCUUUCGAUGGAAGCUGGCCGAGAUAAAGGCAAUCGAACGUUUGCUCAGGGAGUUGGAUAAACGAGCUGAGAGCGAAGAGGAUCGCAGAUUCUUCGAUAGAAAUACAAGACACAUGGCGGAAAUUGUCUCAAGAAGUUAUUUAGUAGCUGGUAUUUCGGCCAUAAUCACAGGAACUGCCUCUGGCUUAUUUAGCUCUGAGAGAAAAUUAAUGUAUGUGGCCUGGUUUCCUUAUGAUGUUCAGGCCAAUUCCCUAAUCUUUUGGAUAAGCUUUUCCUAUCAAGCUAUUGGCAGCUUGGCAAUUCUGGAGAAUCUGGCCAACGAUUCAUCCCCAAUGACUUUCUGCAUACUCGCAGGACACGUAAGGCUUCUGUCGGAGCGUUUAAGUCGAAUAGGAUAUGAUAAAGAGAAAACCAUGCUGGCAAAUACCAGGGAACUCAUUGAGAAUAUCAAGGAUCACAGGAAAAUAAUGGAGAUCAUUCGCCUGCUUACCAGAACUCUUUAUACCUCUCAGCUUUUCCAGUUCAUAUCGACUGGCAUGAAUAUAUCCAUAACGCUGCUUAAUAUACUGUUUUUUGCGGAGAAUACCUUUGCAAUUAUAUACUAUUUUGUAUUUUUUGCGGCCAUGCUUAUUGAGCUCUUUCCAAUUUGUUAUUUUGGCACUCUGCUGUCCAUGGAGUUCGAUAACUUGCCAUAUGCCAUCUUCUCCAGCAACUCCCGGUCGAAUAGGACUCAUUGCCGAAUCUUGAUUAUACUAAUGCAGUUGACGCUGGUAAAGGUAAAUAUUAAGGCUGGAGGGAUGAUUGGCAUCGGCCUGGAUGCGUUCUUCUCCACCGUUCGUAUGGCCUACUCCUUUUCACCUGGCCAUGUCGUUUCGAUAGUAUAUAAACGGAAGAACCAGAAGGCUCGUCCCUCAAUUGUCUUGACCAUGGAAUUGGACGCGCCAGUCAUCAGUAGUGGAAACAUCUACAAAGUAUGGUUCUACUGGCGCUUGUUGGGCUUGGAAACUGACUUUCCCCUACGACAUGUGGUGGAUUUCCUGAUCACAUUCUUUGUAACCUUCUGGUAUCCGAUCCAUUUGAUCCUUGGCCUCUGCAUGGAGCAAACCCUGGCCAAUGUCUGCAGAGGACUGCCGAUCACAGCUGCCUGCUUCUUUUGUAGCUUCAAGUUUAUCUGCUUCCGCCUAAGACUGGACGAGAUUAAGGCCGUUGAAGUCCUGUUCAAGGAACUGGAUCAGCGAGCUGUGACUGCGGAGGAACGACAGUUCUUCGAUCGCAAUACACAACGUGAGGCGAAUUUCAUUUGGAAGAGCUUCCUGGUGGCCUACAGCCUUUCCAAUUUGUCGGCCAUAGCUUCUGUACUCUUUGGCGGCGGACGAAACCUUUUGUAUCCAGGAUGGUUUCCCUACGAUGUCCAAGCCUCGGCUCUCCGCUUCUGGCUAAGUGUUAGCUAUCAAAUAGCCGGCGUGAGUUUGGCCAUAUUGCAGAAUCUGGCCAACGACUCCUAUCCACCGAUGACAUUCUGCGUGGUGGCCGGACAUGUGAGGAUGCUGGCCAUGCGAUUGAGUCAAAUUGGACAUGAUCAGGAAGCGGACAAAAAGGUGAUUGCCAGAAAGUUAAUUGAGAGCAUCGAGGAUCAUCGAAAGCUAAUGAAAAUCGUUGAGCUGCUGCGCAUCACCAUGAAUGUGUCCCAGCUGGGUCAGUUUGCGGCCAGUGGCAUUAAUAUCAUAACGCUUGUGAACAUCCUGUUCUUCGCGCAGAAUCAUUUCGCGGUUACCUACUACGCCGUGUACUUCAUCUCGAUGGUGCUGGAAUUGUUUCCCUGCUGCUACUAUGGCACUCUGAUCUCCAUCGAAAUGGGCCGUCUGACCUAUGCUAUAUACUCGAGCAACUGGCUGGGCAUGGAGCGAGGAUACUGCCGUUCUCUGCUCAUCUUCAUGCAACUGACUCUGGCCGAAGUUCAGAUCAAGGCCGGCGGCAUGAUUGGCAUCGGUAUGAAUGCCUUUUUCGCCACCGUGCGACUGGCCUACUCCUUUUUCACGCUGGCAUGUCGCUGCGAUAAUGAACAAUGGCGAGGAGUACAAUGGAUAAUGGAUAAUGAGGCUGGUGGUCGGCUGGCGGGCAUUUGGCGUCCGCAUUUGCAUGCUCGCUUAAUUUUAAUUACCACUAAUGGCGGCCCAUUAAUGGAGGCUUUAUGA